CCGACGUGGUACUGUAUUAGCCGUUAUAGAACUGAAGCUGUCAAAACAGGACGGCACUUAGAACGACAAGAUGCUGGUGCUUUUUGUUCUUGUGGCGUCCCUGUCGUUUAUGACUGCGGCUUCGGACCGCGUUCCCCGCAGCUGCGGCACUUGCAACACCACUGGCUGCGACCCUCUCCCUGCUGAUGGCUGCGAGUUCGGCAAGGUUCUGGAUUCCUGCGGCUGCUGUUCGAUGUGCGCGGCCGGCCCGAAAGAGCCUUGUGGAGGGCGGGGAUCCACAGCGAAGCGAUGCGCCGCUGGGCUGGAAUGCGUGAAGAGCGACAAAGGGAAAAAAGGCAAACUCGGAGUUUGCGUCUGCAAGAGCGACUAUGAAGUGUGUGGCACCGACGGAGUGACUUAUGAAACCGGGUGUGAUUUGAAAGCCGCCAGUUUGAAAGCAGUCGACCAAAAUAACCCUGAGAUUAAAGUCCAGAAUAAAGGAAAAUGCCCGAAAGCUCCUGCCAUCGUGACAGCGCCCGGAGAGGUGUGGAACGUUACAGGCUCUCAGGUGUACCUGAGCUGCGAGGCCAUCGGAAUCCCCACCCCUGUGCUCACCUGGAAGAAGAUUCUCAGUAACAAGGGAAAGACUGACCUGCUCCCUGGAGAUAAAGAUAACCUGGCUAUCCAGACCCGUGGUGGACCAGAGAAGCAUGAGGUUACAGGCUGGGUGCUGAUUUCCCCUCUCACCGAGGAUGAGGCCGGGUCUUACGAGUGUCACGCCACCAACUCCAAGGGUGAGGCGUCGGCCGUGGGCACCAUCCACGUGGUGAAAUCCCUCGAUGACAUUCCCACCAAGAAAGAAGUACCUGCCGGCAAAGAGGAGGAGCUGUGAGGUGUGCCGCUGUGCGCCUCCUGGUGGUAGCUCCUGGAGGCAUCAGGAGUGGGAGAAGAUCUGCAGUUGGAGAGGAACACCUCCUCCCUCAUUACACAAAUACGUACCUCCGACCCCCCUAAUUCCUUUCAUCUCCACUCCCUGAGUAAUAGAUUUUAUUCUUUUCUUCUGUUGUUUUUUCUCCAAAUAUAUUUUUUAUUAAAACAAGCAGUGUACAACAGUUUGUUGUGGGAGAGGUGUGAAAGAACAUCCCCUUUAUAAGUGGCACAACUGGCAGGAGAGAAAGGCUGGGCAUAGCAGGCAGGGGUCUGAGCUCGUAGACCAGGCAGUGUGCCAUCGGUCACACGCUUCAGAAGAAGAGCCACAACAAACACUAAACUCAUUUCAGAGUAACGUCUCUGGACAGCAGAACAUGGAGGUCUAACCCGUCAUUCCCCUGGUUUAAGUGCGUAUUCACUGAAACGGCUCCUUCAACCUAAUGUCCCGAGUGGAGACUUCAGGAACUACCAUCAAACAGACAGAGCUGAGAACAUCAUGGUUUAUAAUCCCUCAGUGUAUAAUCCUUUGGAUUACAUUACAAUGAAAUAUAGAGAAGACCGGUUAUGGCAUGCAGAAAUUUAGGACUGUGACAUUGUUUGCAAGAUCUUGGAAAGUCAGAUAUGGAGUGGACUGCAGUAAUUUGGGGAAUAGGAUGAGAGCAAGCACUUAAGCAUCGUUUUCUUCUAUAGAUGGGGAUAUUUGGUGCUUUUUUUUAAGUUUCAAAGCAUUUAUUUAGUCAGGUUUUAGACAUUUUUAGACUUUUAAUGUUUUUUCAAGUUGUUCACUUUGUGUGUACAAUUUGGCACAAGGAAACCAAGAGAAGCUAAUGUGCCCAUAGCUCACAGAGAGUUUUGAGAUUAAACUACUGGUGCUUUCAUUUUAUAACUGCUCUUGCAGUUCUAUGAUCCCUUGUUCUAACUGAACGUGGAGGAUUUAGGCACUGCUUCAAAGUGACAAAAAGAAGACCUGUAUCUGUAAUCACUCUGAAGUAACUGACUACUAAUUUUUUUAUGAUGUAAUGCACAUUGUACUUUUCUUUCACUAAUAAAUAUACAUUUACGUCUAUACUUG